GCGCGUAAGACAACACGCGAACCUGCGCAGGCUCCAGCACCAAAAUCGAGCUCAUGUUCCUCCGAGAGAACAUGAGUGAUCUCUGCUUCCUCUUUAUGCAGUCUUUUGGCGAUGUUUUUGUACACAGUUUUGCAGACUGGCUUAGGUAGCAAGCAAGAACAAUGAGCACCUCGUCACCAUCAAACUCUCCCUCGUCGCCAUCCGGCCCUUGGCGACGGCCACCCUUGAGAAGCAAGCUUCGAAAUGGCACCUUCAUCGAUCCCCAGACAGGCGAGCGCUCACGUCGCCAGUUUACCCUCCGCCACACCGAGACGGGCGACAGCGAAAACUCCAACCACGCCGUACCCUACUUCUCCCGCGAGAACUUCUCUGGGCACGUGGACGCUCUGAUGCACAAGUCCAAGGUCGUCGCUGCGCACUCGUGGGAAUGGCUGCUGAGCCCAGCUGGACGCGGCGUCCUCAAGUGCACGCUCGCGUACUCACUGGGGAGCCUGUUUACACUGUGGGCGCCGCUCUCGGACUUCUUGGGUAAGCCGGACGGCAAACAUGUUGUUGCGACGAUCACGGUCUACUUCCAUCCCGCGAGGACGGCAGGCUCGAUGAUCGAAGGGACUCUCAUCGCUAUAGUGGCAGUGAUUUACGCCGAGAUUGUGUCCAUCGCUUCAAUGGCCACUUCGGUUUUCUUCGGCUCUACCCUGCAUAUGGUCGCGUUGGCAUAUAUCCUCGUCUUGCUCAUCUUUGUCGGGGGAGCAUUUGGGUUUCUGGGGUGGGUAAAGCAGAGGUUAAACAACCCACUGGUCAACGUCGGGAGCACUCUCGCCUCCUUGUCCAUGAUCAGUGUCCUGACCAAGGAGAACGCAGUGCAGGAUCACAUCUUCUCGAACCUGAAGAUUGUCCAGGUCCUGAAGAUGCUGGUUUGCGGGACCAUUAUAACUAUCGCAGUCAAUCUUUUGUUGUGGAGAACGUCUGCCCGCACACAGCUGCGAGAGAGCAUGACGAAGGCCUCGCAGUCCCUGGGAGACAUGCUGGGGAUGAUCUCUCACGGAUUUUUGAGCGGCGCUGAGGAAGAGAUGCUCACAUCGGACUUCAGAAAAGCUGAGAAGGCAUACGACACCGCGUACGGGAAGAUGUCGAAGAACCUGAGAGAAGCCAAGUUCGAACAUUAUUUUGUCGGCGAUGAGAAGAUUUACCAGCUAGACAAGGCGGUUUACAAGUCCAUGGAGAACCUGGCCCAGUCUAUCAGAGGCCUGAGAAGUGCAGCAAACACACAAUUCGUGCUGCUGAAGGAGCCAGCAACGGAGCCGGGGUCUGGGACGGUGUCUCCGGCACAGUUGCUGUCGCCCUCGCUGCAUCGGACUUCCUCGAUAACCUUCAGACUUCAGCCGACACUAUCAGCUAUCGACGAGGACUCGGAUGAGAGCGAGGAGGAUCAGGCUGUUAGAGGAAGAAGCCCGAGUAGUGCACCCACGUUUCGUUCGCCGUCUGACAUUUUCGAUCUCUUCAUCGCUUUGUUGGGUCCGUCGGUGAAGUCCUUGGCUUUCACAUUGUCGGAAGUCCUUAAGGAGCCUCCUUUUGGAGAGGCACCAAAUUACGAUAUCACGAUUAAUGACACCUUUCGACGAAGUCUCCUGGAUGCUGUGUCACUGUUCAACCAAAACCGAGCGAAAGCUCUAGAGGAGCUGUACAAGACGAUCGAGCUGGGGCGACCAAGGUCGGAAAAAAUCAAGGCAGACUUCGAGGAGGUCGCCGCCGCUUGCGGACACUUCAGCUUUUCCCUUCAGAGUUUCGGCGAGGAGAUGAGCAAGUAUUUGGAUGUGCUAGACGACCUCAAGUAUGCCUCUGAGCACAAGAAGCAGAGCUGGCAAUUCCUCGCCAUUUGGAAGCAAAUUCACCUCCGCCAGAUUCAAACUCCCCUCCUACCCUUCGAGGUGGAGCGAGAGCCCAUGGUGCGACCCAUCCGAAAGUCGCAAAUGCCUCGUGGGAUUCCAGAUCAAAUGGUCUCGCGUCGCGAUACCUUCAGCUGGGAGGCGGAGCCUCAAGCCAGCCACACCGCCAAGAAAAUCUCAACGGAAGUCUUGAAAUUCUUGCGUUUUUUGGGCAGAGAUGAUAUCCGCUUCGGAAUUAAAGUCGGGUUCGGCGCCAUACUCUGGGCCAUGCUCGCCUUUCUCCCUGAGACCAAGCCUAUUUAUAUGCACUGGCGAGGCGAGUGGGGUCUGCUAUCUUUCAUGAUUGUCUGCUCCAUGACGGUUGGCGCCGCGAAUACCACAGGCACAGCCAGAUUUCAAGGGACACUCUCUGGGGUCUUCUUUACCCUCAUCAACUGGAAUGUCAGCCAAGGCAACGGUGUGGCACUGCUCUUCCUUGGCGCCAUCGUAGCCUUCAUCAGCUUCUAUAUUACCAUCGUGCAGAACAAGGUAUCUUUCGGGCGGACAACCCUCCUCGCAUACAACGUUUCUCUGCUUUACGCCUAUCUCAUUGCCAACAAGGUAGAAGAUGACGACGAUGACGAGGGUGGGACUACUCCCUACAUUGGCGAGAUCUGCCUGCACAGAGCCCUUGCUGUCACGGCGGGUAUCAUCUGGGGUCUCGUCGUGUGUCGACUCAUCUGGCCCAUUUCAGCGCGCAAGAAAUUUCGCGAAGGCAUCUCCGUCCUAUACCUACAAAUGGGUCUUAUUUGGAAACGAGGCCCCCUCGCCAUCCUCCUGCGCAGUGACUGCUCGCGCUCAUACCUCAGGUCCGGCGAACAGGCCGCCUUGCACCGCUAUGCAUCUCGCCUCGAAGUCUUCCGCCAAUCCGCCAUGUCCGAAUUCGAACUCCGUGGGCCAUUUCCUAGUGAGGCGACCGGCCGUAUCAUGCACAGCACAAACCGACUUCUCGAUGCGUUCUACGCCAUGAGCCUCGUGACACAGCGGCGAGGCCAAUUGUCUGAUGGCGAGAAAGCUCUAUUGCUAUUCACGGCUAAGGAAAGGGCGGUCCUGUGCGAGCGCAUCUGCCACGUCUUCCAAGUUUUGGCAAGCUGCUUGAUGCUCGAGUAUCCCCUUACGGAUGCGAUACCGAGCGUCAUGGGCACGAGGGACCAACUGCUGGGAAAGAUAUUCCAAUUCCGAAAGGAGCAUGCUGCCGCCCUACGAGAAAAGCGGGAUGCAGAGGUUGCAGAACAAAGCGAGUCUGCCGUUGUGGCUGGCCCGACCAAUGCCUCCAGCGAGAGCGUGAAUGGCGAUCAUCCCCCAGCUGGGCCAGUCUCCACAUCUAUCACCAUUGCUAAACGUCGUGGUAGUGGCGGUAGCAGCACCAAGAGGCCGGCGGGGCACUCGACACUGAGCGGCAGCCUCGCAGGCCAGGUGCAGGUCGAGGAGAGGGACUACGCCCUACUAUAUGCAUACGCGCUUGUCACUGGUCAGGUUGCGGAGGAGCUCAAAACCGUCAAAAAAGAAGUCGAGGCUCUGUUUGGAGUGCUGGACGAGGAGGCACUUUUGUUGCAGUAGAAUGGGCGAACUGGUCAACGGGUUCAGGGACAAAGAUGGAAAUUUGGCUCAACGUGCUUGGAGUCCGGGAAUUGGAAAAUAAGAGAUGGAACGCAAAACAUGUUGUCUCUCUAUCAUGGACACGAUAGCGGUUUGGAAUUCUGUCUUUUCAUCACCGAGCACGGUGUUUUGGUCGUUUCUUGUUUCCUACUUAUUUCAGGUGUGACUUCAGGUGGAAUUUUUUAUUUUUAUUUUCCUUCUCACAGAUUGAGAUUAGUGACUGGGAUCGAAUACCUCUUGCGUUUGCGCGGACUACUUUUAUAUGCACCUGCGAUUGAGACCUGUAAGGGAAGGCAGUACUUCUUUCCAGGUUGUUUAAGGGGGGUACAAAUGUUCAUAUCGGUUCACAG